CACAGAAGAAACAGAGAAGCAAACAUGGCUUCUUCUUCUUCAGUGGCUCUCAGUUUUCUCUACCAAAACCCCAUUAAAGCUUCACUCUCAAUUCCGAAAACUUUUUCUCCUUACUCAAAACUCACAUUCCCAUCUAUUGCGAGCUUUUAUUCUGCAAUUCCCCGUUUGGAUUACAGCAAUUUCAAAAAAAUCAAUCCAUGCCUUCAUUGCAGCAAUCUUCCUACUGCUUCCACAAAUAACACUCAGUAUGAGUUUUCAGAUGGCUCCUCUGAGGUGGAGUUAAGAUUAGAACUUGGGCAGGGAGAUGUAACUCCUAAGGAUAUAUAUGUAGAUGCAAAUGAGAGCUCAUUAGCAAUUAGAGUAAAGCAAUCUGGAAUUGUUCGGACUCUCAUGGAAACCAGUACUCUGUAUGAGAAAAUAAAGCCUGCAGAGACAAUAUGGUACAUAGAUGAAGAUCAAUUAGUAAUUAGCUUGAAGAAGCAAAACUCCGAGUUGAAAUGGCCUGACAUUGUGGAGUCUUGGGAGUCCCUAAGUGCUGGAAUUACACAACUCCUUAGAGGAACAUCAAUAUACUUAGUUGGGGAAUCAACUGAAAUCAACCAGAGGAUUGCUCGAGAACUGGCUGUUGGACUAGGGUACACUCCACUUUGUACAAAGGAGCUGCUAGAAGCAUAUGCCAAGCAAUCAAUGGAAUCGUGGGUUAAUGAGGAGGGGUCUGAUGCUGUAGCAGAAGCAGAAAGAGCUAUACUAGAGAGUCUGAGUAGCCAAGCCCGUGCUGUUAUUGCAACCUUGGGAGGGAAGAAAGGCGCUGCUGGAAGAGUAAACCAAUGGAGGCAUCUUUUUGCUGGAUUCACCGUCUGGCUUUCCCUUUCUCAAGCCACAGAUGAAGAAUCUGCAAAAGAGGAGGCAAAAAGGAAUAUGCAAGAUAGUGGUCGAGGUUACUCUAACGCGGAAGUGGUAGUCAAGCUCGGAGGUUGGGAUCCUAACUAUUCAAAAGCAGUAGCUCAGGCUGUGCUUAGUGCCCUUAAGCGCUUGAUAUUGGCAGAUAAAGACCUUCCAGGGAAAAAGAGUUUAUACAUAAGGUUGGGCUGCCGAGGUGAUUGGCCAGACAUCAAACCCCCAGGCUGGGAUCCAUCAACGAGCCUUGAUGCAUCUUCUCCGCGGUCAUAGCAGAAUCACAGUUUAUGCAUUUAAAUGUAACUAUUUCUCUACCCCUUUGGCUCUUGUAUCAAUGUAUCAUAAUUAGAAAGUUUCUUCUUGAGGAUAUCAAGUUGGAUAUUCUCAACCUGCUCUUUCUAUAUUAAGGGGAAACAAAGACUAAGGUCUUGGCCUGCAUGGACAAGACUGAUUGAUUGUCCAGAAAGUUUCCCAUUGAGCCCCAAAGGCCAUCCGGUUAGUCAGAUUUUUUUAUGGAAAAUAGUGAAUUUGUAUGCUGUUAAUAAUUGUCACAAAUGUUGCUUAUAUUCAUUCUUUAUUCUAAUACAGUAACACCUCAUUCUACUGGCA